AGCGCCUGGGCCCCGCCUCUCCCGCGCUCGCUACCGGGCCAGCGGGGCUCGGCGCAGGCGGGCGGAGGCGGCAGGAAGCGCCGCGCCCAGCGAGCUGGGGACUCUGGGAGCCAGCGGGACACGCCGGCGUCCGCCCCGCCCGGGUAAAGGCCGCGCUGGCUCGGUCACCCCUCCGCCCCGGGUGGUGCCGGGCGAGCGCCGCUGGCAGUCCACGGCCGGGACGAGUGGGACGGAGCGGGGGCGCUGACUAAGCGUUCUGGCGGUUCUUGCCCUUGGUACCCCAGACCAGUUGAAACGAGUGGAGCCGUUUGGGACCCAGUUUGGUGGGGAGUUCCGGACCUGUGAGAACACCGCCUUGUACUUUCCCUGCAGUGCCCCUUUCUCACCGCCCUGGAGACCUGGAUGAUCUUGACUCAGUGACCCUGAUGAAACCUCAAGCCAGUUUCCCGGGACUUUCUCAGGUUUCCCGGGCCACUUUCCCCUUCCUCAGCCUGCAGACUCCUGCUCUGAGCUCAGUCUGCACGCCUGCUAAGGCAGGUGGCCCAAUGCGGCCGAUUUGGGGUCCUACCUUUAAGAAGCUUCGGAUCUCAGUGGAGAACAGGCCUGAAAGGAAGCAUGCCCCAUUUAAGGGAGCUCAGAGAGCUCAGGAAAUACUUCUCAGGGAAGAAGCCCUCUGAGCAGGCUCUUAAAAGAUUGGGUGGGAUUCUCACAGAGGAGAAAGGUCAUUCCAAACUGAGAAGCGUGUAUGAACAAAUUUAGGACCGUGAGAACGAGAAUCCAAGAAUCCUGGGGAAUGAGGUGCAGGCUGGGGGCAAGCUCUGAAAAACAGCUUGUGCGCCUGGGUGUUUUGGACUCUAUAUAGCCUCCACUUUAGGAAGGUGAUUGAUGCCUCGGAGGAGGAGUUGGAAUGAAAGGAGACUGUAGGCAGAAACCCUGAGAGGUCAGGUUUCUAGCCUAAGUCUCCUGGGCAGGGAGAUUUGCUUCAAAGUAAGAUAACUAAAAGGGGAGGAGGAGGAGGAGUUCAGUAUUACUUAGAAGCAGUGGCAAGAUAUCCAUAUGGAGAUGUCAAGUAGGGAGGCCGCUCAUUCAUUUAUUUAUUAUUUAUGCCGGCCUCAAAGACAGAUUAUGCACAAGUCACAGAGAAGAUAAAAUGAUAAUCAGCUAGGACUGUAGCUAGGGAACAAAGGCAGAGGGGAGUGGGUAAUUAUUACUGGAGAAUUGAGGCUCAGAAAAGCUCCUGAAAAUAAACACAGGACUCUUAAAUGAGCUUUCUGGUAGCCAAGCAAAGAAAGGACAUUUAAAUAAAGCAAUUAAUGGGGUUGCAACUGGGGGAAAGGUAGUUGUAAAGCCUAAGGAGAGAGGCAGGAGGUGGUAGAGAUAAAAUGGGAUUUCUGGCAGGGUAUUGUGGCUCAUGCCUGUAAUCCUAGCACUCUGGGAGGCUGAGGCAGGUGGAUUGCUUGAGCUGACGAGUUCGAGACCAGACUGAACAAAAAAAGAGAAACUCUGUCUCUACUAAAAAUAGAAAAACUGAGGCAAGAGGAUUUGCUUGAGCCUGAAUUUGAGGUUGCUAUGAGCUAUGACAGCAUGGCCCUCUACCCAUGGUGACAGCUUGAGGCUCUGUCUCAAAAAAAAAAAAAAAAAGGGAUUGGUGAUGCUCAUAGCUCAGUCUGUAGGGUGCUGGCCACAUACACCGAGGCUGGUGGGUUUGAACCCGGCCCUGGGCCAGCUAAAACAACAAUGACAAAUGAAACAAAAUAGCUGGGCGUUGUGGCGGGCACCUGUAGUCCCAGCUACUUGGGAAGCUGAGGCAAGAGAAUUGCUUGAGCCCAAGAGUUUGAGGUUGCUGUGAGCUGUGAUGCUAUAGCACUCUACCGAGGGUGACAGCUUAAGACUCUGUCUCAAAAAAAAAAAAUGGGAUAGCUGUCUCAGGUUGGGGUUUUGGAGAGGGAGAAAAGCUGAAAGCCUGAUGGGGGCUUUAGCAAAGCCGAUAUUUGAGGAAGGGCUGAUCCUCUCCUGGGAGGAAGGCACCUUCUUGGCUGGCAUGGGAUGAGGUGGUGUUGCCGUUUGCCCAGGGCCUCUUGGGGCUCUGGUCUGGGAAGAGCACCCCAGCUACAAGAUGAAUGUAUCCCCUUCCUGACCCACUGGAGUUGGCCCUUUAAAGGGGAGCAUCACCUUGGGCUCCCUAGGGCCUUUGUACGCCACAAUGGAAGCUCAGCAGGCAGUGCUCCCCCAUCUGGGAGGCAGAGACAGCUGUUUGGGAGCAUCUCUGCAGCUGAAGCUAUUCAGAGGCACCGUCGGAACUUGGCUGAGUGGUUCAGCCGGCUGCCCAGGGAGGAGCGCCAGUUUGGCCCGACCUUUGCACUAGACACUGUCCAUGUUGACCCUGUGAUUCGUGAGAGCAACCCUGAUGAGCUGCUUCGCCCUUCUGCAGAGCUGGCUCUGGACCAUCAGCUGCCCCUCGCUGGGCUUCCCCCACUGGCCCUGUCUCAGCUCUUUGACCCAGAUGCCUGUGGGCGCCAGGUGCAGACAGUGGUGCUCUAUGGGAAGGUGGGCACAGGCAAGAGCACUUUGGUACGCAAGAUGGUCCUGGAUUGGUGUUAUGGGCGGCUGCCAGCCUUCAAUCUGCUCAUCCCCUUCUCCUGUGAGGACCUGUCGUCCCUGGGCCCUACUCCAGCUUCCUUGUGCCAACUUGUGGCCCAGCGCUACAUGGCCCUGAAAGAGGUUCUGCCCCUGAUGGCUGCUGCGGGGUCCCGCAUGCUUUUUGUGAUCCAUGGCUUGGAGCGUCUCAACCUUGACUUCCGGCUGGCAGGCACGGGGCUUUGUAGUGACCCUGAGAAGCCAGAGGCACCAACUGCCAUUGUUGUCAAUCUGCUGCGCAAAUACAUGCUGCCCGAGGCCAGCAUUCUGGUGACCACCCGGCCCUCUGCCAUUGGCCGCAUACCCAGUAAGUAUGUUGGUCGCUAUGGUGAGAUCUGUGGCUUCUCGGAUACCAACCUGCAGAAGCUCUACUUCCAGCUCCGCCUCAACCAGCCGGACUGUGAGCAUGCAGCUUGGGGUGCAGGCGUCUCAGCCACGCCAGCUCAGCGUGACAACCUGGUGCAGAUGCUCUCCCGGAACCUGGAGGGGCACCACCAGAUUGCCGCUGCCUGCUUCCUGCCCUCCUAUUGCUGGCUCGUCUGUGCCACCUUGUACUUUCUGCAUGCUCCCACGCCCGCAGGGCAGACCCUUACGAGCAUCUAUACCAGCUUCCUGCGCCUGAACUUCAGUGGGGAAACACUGGAUAGCACUGACCCCUCCAAUUUGUCCCUGAUGGCCUAUGCAGCCUGCACCAUGGGAAAGUUGGCCUACGAGGGGGUGUCUUCCCGCAAGACCUAUUUCUCUGAAGAAGAUGUCCGUGGCUGCCUGGAGGCUGGCGUCAAGACGGAAGAGGAGUUUCAGCUGCUGCAUGUUUUCCGCCGGGAUGCCCUAAGGUUUUUUCUGGCCCCGUGUGUGGAGCCAGGGCACCCGGGCACCUUUGUGUUUACCGUGCCUGCCAUGCAGGAAUACCUGGCUGCCCUCUACAUUGUGCUGGGGUUGCGUAAGACCACCUUGCAGCAGGUGGGCAAGGAGGUGGCCGAGCUUGUGGGCCGUGUGGGCGAGGAUGUCAGCCUGGUUCUGAGCAUCAUGGCCAAGCUGCUGCCUCUGCGGGCUCUGCCUCUGCUCUUCAACCUGCUCAAGGUGGUCCCGCGAGUAUUUGGGCGUGUGAUGGGUAAGAGCCGGGAUGCGGUAGCCCAGGCCAUGGUGCUGGAGAUGUUCCGAGAGGAAGACUACUAUAAUGAUGAUGUUCUGGACCAGAUGGGAGCCAGUAUCCUGGGUGUGGAGGGCCCACGGCGCCACCCAGAUGAACCCCCUGAGGAUGAAGUCUUUGAGCUCUUUCCCAUAUUCAUGGGGGGGCUUCUGUCUGCCCAUAACCGAGCUGUGCUGGCUCAGCUCGGCUGCCCCAUUAAGAACAUGGAUGCCCUGGAGAACGCCCAGGCCAUCAAGAAAAAGCUGGGCAAGCUGGGCCGGCAGGUGCUGCCUCCCUCGGAGCUCCUUGACUACCUCUUCUUCCACUACGAGUUCCAGAACCAGAGCUUCUCCGCUGAGGUGCUCCGCUCCCUCCACCGGCUCAACCUGGCGGGCGUGCGCAUGACACCCCUCAAAUGCACAGUGGUGGCGGCUGUCCUGGGCAGUGGAAGGCAUACCUUGGAAGAGGUGAACUUGGCCUCCUGCCAGCUGGACCCUGCUGGACUGCGCACGCUCAUGCCUGUCUUCUUGCGUGCCCGGAAGCUGGGCUUGCAACUCAACAGCCUGGGCCCUGAGGCCUGCAGGGACCUCCGAGAUCUGCUGUUGCAUGAGCAGUGCCAAAUUACCACUCUGCGGCUGUCCAACAACCCACUGACAGCUGCGGGUGUAGCCCUGUUGGUGGAGGGGCUGGCAGGAAAUACCUCCCUGACCCACCUGUCCCUGCUGCACACGGGCCUUGGGGAUGAGGGCUUGGAGCUGCUGGCUGCCCAGCUGGACCGCAACCAGCAGCUGCAGGAGCUGAAUGUGGCCUACAACGGUGCUGGUGACACGGCGGCCUUGGCCCUGGCCAGGGCUGCCCGGGAACAUCCUUCCCUGGAACUGCUGCACCUCUAUUUCAAUGAGCUGAGCUCAGAGGGCCGCCAGGUCCUGCGUGACUUGGGGAGCACCACUGAAGGUGGUGCUCGUGUCGUGGCGUCGCUGACAGAGGGGGCAGCAGUGUCUGAGUACUGGUCCGUGAUCCUCAGUGAAGUCCAGCGGAACCUCAACAGCUGGGAUCGGGCCCGGGUCCGACGCCACCUGGAGCUACUGCUGCGGGAUCUGGAAGACAGCCGGGGUGCCACCCUUAACCCCUGGCGCAAGGCCCAGCUACUGCGGGUGGAGAGCGAGGUCAGGGCUCUCCUGGAGCAGCUAGGAGGCCCUGGAGGCUGAGACAGUGGCAGCAGGCACCUAGCUGUGUGACCACUGGCCUUCUCCUCUGUGGGCUCCUGGCUUGCAUUACACCUUCUAGAAAGAUCCCUUUAGGGCUAGAGUCAAAGGAAUAGGCAGAUCUGUGCCAAUGCCCUCCUGGGGCAUGUCCAACUGGUCCCCCCAAGUCUGGAAGUCCAGGGUCACAGAGGAAGAAUUGAUGCUUUGGUCUUGGAGAUGGAAUAUACCUCCCGUCCCUUCAGCUAGAAGGAUUAAAGGAUGUGGCAUUCGGGUGGCCAAUUGCCCUGUAGCAAUGUUGCCUCUCCCUGUUAUUGAGGAACCUCUGAUUGUGCCACCAAGGGUCACACUUCCCAUGCCAGGGAUGUUGACAUCCAGAAGAUGUGUUGAGGGCGCCCUCCUGCCCUAUACUCACCUGUUGACACUGAAGAUGCCCUGAAAUUGGUGCUUUCUCCUUGUCUUCCUGCCCCCUUUACCAUCACCAUACCAAUGGCUUGGUGGCCCUUGGGGCAGAUGCACCUGAUUUGAUGCUAUUAAACAGCUGUCUGUCUUCCACUUA